GGAACAAGUGCUGGGUUUGGACUACUAGUCCUGUGUCACAAGUGUGUUAACUGGUCGAAAGGAAGGCACCUCCACCCGGUUUUCGGAUUUAUUACUAGUUACUAGAGUAUCUCUGCGACGGAGACAUGUCGAGCGCUGGCUUCACCAGUCCCUUCGGGGCGAAUGCCAACCCAUUUGGCUCCUCAAGAGCUGAAGCCGGGCCUAUGCACAGGCUCGUUGAGGAGGACGAGAACGACACGGUUACUUCCCCAACAACUCCGAGCUUUGGACUCACCGGAGGCGGUGGUUUUAGGGGACCCUUUGGUGCUGAUGCCUCGGCGGAUUCGCCCGUUUCGGCUUUGAGAAAUCCGCCAAACCCCGACAGCUACCCGGCUCAGUAUAACUUUGCUCGUCGAACUUCGGUCUCGGCAGAGUCUCUCAAGCCUGUUGCCGAUACCUACGAUAACUGGUCACCUCCGGUGUACCCCAAGUCGCAAGAACAGCUGGAGCGCCUGAAGAAAUCCAUUAGCGGCAACUUCCUGUUUAGCCAUCUGGACGAGGAACAAAGCUAUCAGAUUCUCGGCGCGUUGGUAGAGAAACCAAUUCCCACCAAGGGAAUCAAGGUAAUUACUCAAGGUGAUGCUGGCGAUUUCUUCUACGUUGUCGAGAAAGGAUCAUUUGAUGUUUAUGUCAACAGCAGCGGUUCGCUGCAGCCGGGACCUGAUGGGAUGGGCCAAAAUGUGGGCCUGAUCGAGGCAGGUGGAUCUUUUGGCGAACUGGCGCUCAUGUACAACGCUCCGCGCGCAGCCACUGUCAUCUCGGCCGAGCCGCACUGCACGCUAUGGGCUUUGGACCGCCUGACAUUCCGCCGGAUCUUGAUGGAGUCGACGUUUGCCCGCAGGCGCAUGUACGAGAACUUUCUAGAGGAGGUCCCUCUUCUGUCGAGCCUGACCCCGUACGAGCGAUCCAAGAUUGCCGACGCGCUGGAGAGCCAGAAGUUCCCGGCGGGCUACACCAUCAUCCGGGAGGGCGACCCGGGACAUUCGUUCUUCUUGCUGGAAGCUGGCGAGGCGGUUGCGCAUAGGAGCGACAACCCGACCCCGGUCAAGCGCUACAAGAAGGGUGAUUUCUUUGGCGAGCUUGCGUUGUUGAAUGACGCGCCCCGUGCGGCCAGUGUUGUCAGCGAGACCGAGGUCAAGGUGGCCACGUUGGGGAAGUCGGCCUUCCAGCGACUGCUUGGCCCGGUUGAGGGCAUUAUGAGGAGGACCAAGUACGUGGGCGUCAAGUCUGGCGUCGAAGAGAUGGAUCCACUGCAGGUGCCUUGAGGACGGCGUGUUUUUUAGACGAUGUUGCAGCUGCCGUAACCAGGGUGCGGAGGGCGGAAGGACGCAAAGACGAGGGUUGUUGUUUGGUCGGGACGGCGUUCUGGAUUCACCGAACCUUUACCUCUAUCAAGGGGAAUUGCUCCUAACGGUCAUCUGAU